AUGUCCCAGCGCCAUGCCUACACAGCCGAGGAUAUCCUUCGUGAAACAGUCCAAGGUCUUGCAUCUCUAAAAGCAUUUUUUGCUUAUGACAAAAGCGGGUUAGUCUUACACAUAGCCCGUGCAGCAAAGCAAAACCGGAGAUUGGGCUUGGGCUUCGGUCAGAAGGGCAAGCAUCCUACGUUGGAGGAUCUCUUCAUCCGUCUGCUGACCUGCCUUUGUUGGGCCCAGAGACUAGAGCAGUUAGAAGUAGAAUGCUUUGCAACUACAAUCACGGCCAGCAGCUUAGGACUUGCGCCUCAUCUUUCCCGCUGUUAUGGUAUGGAGCACAACUACGUGACCGCAAAUUUCUUCCGUUGUGGACGCCAACUCCGGAAGAUCGAAAGAGGCGUUGGGGUGGAAGAUUGUUCGAUAGUCCUCCUCCCAUCCCUGGCGAAGCUCCUAUGGCUUCCUGAUAGAGAGAUCCUUCGACUAAUAGAUCUCUUAUCAGGCAGCUUUAUGCCUACCCUCAAUAGCAAUAAAGGAAUGAUAGAAGAAUUCCAUCAGUACCGACAGCUUUACAACACCGUGAGUAUAUAG